AUGAAUAAUAGUCGACAAAAAUUUUUAAAUAUAAAUAAUAUUUCUUACAAAAUUUUAAGUACUCGUAGAGUCUUUGUAGGAGUUAGGGUAUCCUCGAGGGCACAAUUGUCAAUACGAGGAAUGAGAAAUACGAGUACGAGAUGCACGCAAUUUGACGAAGUAAAAGGCUCAGAGAACACUGUCACAGGGAAAACUGGACCCCGACGUGAAGAGAACGGGUUGAGAGAAAUAAUCGAUUACUACUUCAACAAAAAAAUCUCCACCACGCGAAUAUUUAAUGAGUCAUUGAAUCUCGUUCUCAGGAAAGACUUUGACUUGGGUAGAUGUAUCGAUUUUGCUAUUGAAAGUGAACGCUUCAACUCGUCUGAGCAACAAAUCGUUCCACUGAAGACGAAACUAUCUACCCAUAUCCUAACUCAGGCUCUACCAAUUCGCCUAAACCGAUUAAGUAGCGUGCCUGUAAUUAAUUGUACAAAGAGAAGUUUUUCCUUCAAACUUGUCAAAAGAGAGCCUAUCGAAAAUAGGUGGUCUACAAAGUCCAACGAUCAAGAAUCUCCUAUAAAAACGACAGGAGGUUAUGAGAAAUCUGCCAACCAAGAAUGUAACUAUACACCUGAUGAAACUUCCCAGCAAGGCCUCCAGAAGCAUCCUAAACAAGUAUAUUCUCGAACGUCUAAUUAUGCUUCCCAGCAUGAUCGUCAGAAACUUCCUAAACAGGAAUAUUCUGAAACACCUGAUCAUACCUUCCAGCAAAAUGCAGAAGACUCUCCUGGACAAGUAGAUUCUAAAACACAUGAUCAAAUUUCAGAGCAAGAUCCUAGAUUAAUAUAUACCCAAGCAUCUGAUCAUACUUAUCAACAAGAUCCUCAGAGUUCUCUUGCUCAAGUAAGCGUCCAACCAUCCACUCACGCAUGCCAGCAAGAUACUCAGGUUGUUUGCCAACAAGGACAUUCUCAUCCACCUGAUCAUACUACUCAGCCACCUCCAAUAGAUCAAUCUCGUUCGAACUAUCAAAAUACACAGCAUCCAGAUGUGGAAGCUGUUCAUUCCAUGCAAAAGUCGGGUCCAUCCGAUUCCUACAAACCCGAAGAGUACAAAAGCGUCGACAAGGCAGCGACAAAUUUCGAGGAUUAUAAAAGGUCGUGGGAAAAUUAUCUCAAAACGAUCCCAAAGGUCUGUAAACCACAGUAUCCCCAAGAUUGUCAACCUGAUCGUAUAAAGAGCAAUCGAUUCGUCCGCUGGCGCGAUCAGACUGACUGCAAGUCGCCUGGUCUACGUCAGACGACAUACGAUGCAGCCAAAAAAGGGUCAAAGAUGCUUCCAAAAAUAGACACAAUCGCGUUUCUCGCGAAGAAACGUACCUCUGACGCGAUCAAAACGUUUCUCUGUAUGAUAUCAGAGAAAAGGAAGAAGCUGAAACCUUCCGAGGACAUGUCUGACUCUCUAUCAGACGAGGUUAAGCCUGACCCACCACCGCCAAAGUCUGUUCACUGGUCUGAAAGGACAGAAAUGGACCAGUAUCACAAGAAACGCAGCUCGUCGACUUGUCCUUCUCCUAUGGUAUUCGUUCCUUACGAUGAAUCAAGUAAAAGCACGUCAGAACGUCCAACGAAACGUCAGUCCAGUUACGACAUUCAUAGUUGCUUAUCUCCAUCGUAUAAGAAAUCCUUGGAGAGAGCUGAUAAGACAUGCUUCCGACAUCCAUCCGCUGAAAGAUGUACAGGGAGUCAAUCGAAUUUCGUUGAUCCUUCGUGUAUCUCGUCAGUUAAGCUGUCAGAUAUCUCGUCAACGAAGCCGUCAAGUGUCUCGUCAACGACGCCAUCAAAAGCCAGGUGCAGAGUCUCGAAGACUGAUGCAUCGAGUGCGAAGUAUAGUUAUCACAAAGACCCCCGAGUGGAAGAUGCACGAAGGACCUGCGAUAAUAGGUUGAUGGAAGCCGACGCGAAGCGUUCGAAACAGCCACAUGGAAUGUACUUACCACCACGAAAGAAGCGUAUAUGUUACAAGUCAUCUGGCGAAUGGCAGAAGCAGAAGUACCAAGUCAGAGUGAAGAUCUAUAAGUCGAAUGAUGGCCUGGAUCCACGACCACCUGUACUGGUGGAAAUAGUAGACGACUGGUACCACAUGGUGCACACGUCGGUGGUGAAGAGAUCAGCGGAACCGCAUUUCGGGGUACAAGAGAGACUAAUACAAGACCGCAGAGUGCGUCGUGCGGAACAGCAGCGGGUAAAAUCACGAACGAAACGGGAUCUGAUAAUCAAACGCGGUCCGUCCAACCUGAAAACCGUUCUGAACGACGACAUGUGGCCCCAAAUGUGGUACUUGAACAGGGGUAAGGGGUUAGAUAUGAACGUGCAGGAAGCCUGGGCCGAAGGAAUUACGGGACACGGCGUCGUAGUCACGAUCCUUGAUGAUGGAUUGGAAAAAAACCAUCCUGAUCUCUGUGAUAACUACGACCCGCAAGCGAGCUACGACGUCAACAACCAUGAUGAAGAUCCCAUGCCGCGAUACGAUGUCGUAGACAGUAAUCGACAUGGCACCAGAUGCGCCGGUGAAGUGGCUGCAACUGCUAACAAUUCCUUGUGCGCUGUGGGAGUUGCAUUUGGAGCUGGCGUUGGUGGUGUGAGAAUGCUAGACGGAGACGUAACGGAUGCUGUAGAGGCAAGAUCUCUGAGCCUGAAUCCUCAGCACAUCGACAUUUACAGUGCGUCCUGGGGUCCCGAUGACGAUGGAAAAACGGUGGAUGGUCCAGGUGAACUCGCCACCAGAGCUUUCAUCGAAGGGAUCACAAAGGGUCGCAACGGUAAAGGGUCAAUUUUCGUCUGGGCGUCAGGAAACGGAGGCAGGGAUCACGACAACUGCAACUGCGACGGCUACACGAACAGUAUCUGGACGUUGUCCAUCAGCAGCGCCACGGAGAAUGGCCAGGUGCCCUGGUACAGCGAGGCCUGCUCCUCCACUCUUGCCACCACUUAUAGCUCCGGCUCGUCCGAAGAGAAACAAGUAGUGACUACUGACCUGCAUCAGCUUUGCACGACUAGUCACACGGGCACGUCUGCAUCUGCACCCUUGGCUGCCGGCAUCUGCGCCCUUGCCCUCGAGGCGAAUAGAGAUCUAACUUGGAGAGACAUGCAGCACAUCGUCGUGAGAACGGCUAAACCUGCGAACCUGAAGGCUUUGGACUGGGUCACCAACGGUGUUGGACGAAAUGUGAGUCACAGUUUUGGCUAUGGGUUAAUGGACGCCGCCGCCAUGGUGCGCUUAGCUAGAAGAUGGCGAACAGUUCCUGAGCAACACAAAUGCGAAGUUUCUGCACCGCACAUGAGCAGGCCAAUACCGCCAAAGAGCCAGCUAACUCUGGAAUUGUACGUCAAGGAGUGUAGCGGCGUUAAUUUUCUCGAGCACGUGCAGGCAAAGGUUUCUCUGAUGGCCACGAGGAGAGGAGAUCUUCAGAUACAGCUAACAUCUCCGCAAGGUACAAAGAGCACUCUUCUUGCAAAAAGGCUCCACGACGUCUCGAAGGCUGGUUUCAAUCAAUGGCCAUUUAUGUCGGUUCACACUUGGGGAGAAAGGCCACAUGGCACGUGGAAACUUGAAAUCCACAAUGAGGGUCGAUACCAAGACACCCUCGAGGAAUUCAAGUUAGUGUUCUACGGUACGGAGACGUCUCUGGAGUUCGACAACGACCUGGACAGGGACAAGCCGCAGCCACCUGUGAAUCAACAGGACGUGGGCCAGGACAACACGGCGAUCGGAGCUAGACACAACAUCGUGAACACGGUAGAUGACCCAUGGACAGGUAGCCAGCAGGUAGAACGCGUGUCCCACCAGGAAGUACAAAGACCGACGACCGAGAACCGGACGAGCGGUUGCAGUAGCGUGGACGCAGGAAGUGGCAGGUGCCUAGAAUGUAAGCAGAACUGGUACUACCACGGCGGAGUCUGCGUGUACGAUUGUCCUACCGGAACUUAUGGCGUUUCCGACGAGACAAAGGCUGUCUGCUCAGGCUGCCAUUACUCCUGCCUAACUUGCUCAGGAUCUUCGAAUACCGAGUGUACCAGUUGUCACGAGGACGCCGAUCUCUCAACGAAUCUCGACGAGUCCGUGUGCGUCCUGCGAGAGUACUCGUGGACCAUGCAGUCCACCCUCUGGUUCUACCGGAUGACCAUUUUCUUUGGGAUCAACGUGGCCGUGUUCGUCGCGAUGAUAACGUACGCUGCUGUCAAGUGGUAUCUCCGACGAAGGAGUUCGCUGAUGUACAGAUACAGCAAGGUCUGCUACUCUAUCAACGGGGACAAGCUCUAUCAAGCGGACAAGAGUAAAUUGCAGGAAAACGCUUGUGUCUCUGACAGCGAAUGAAGAAGAUGGACUUGGUGGGGUAAUCGAGGAUGGCUGUGCGGUUGGAGCGGAGCUCCAGGGUCAUCGAUUCGUGGACGUUGCGGCAGAUGAAGGAGGAAGGAAUUUGGAGAAGCUGACGUUGGAGUGAUCUUGGAAGAUUUUAGACUGAAGGAGAAACUCGUGAUACGAAAUUUCCACGUGGUUUCCGUCUGUCCAGUAAUUAUGUGUUUCUCACGACGUUAACAGUAUUUUUGAUACUCCUCAGGAGGAUUCCGUCCUUCUGAUUCACACAUUCCGACUCGCGUGCAUGGAUUAAUUGUUUGUGAUUUCCAAAUGGUGUUGUUGAUGCAGGAAAAGGAUCGAUUCGACGAUGUACUUACGUUGUCACGAUUCGCAGUGGUAUACAGAGUGUUUAAAAAGAAAGUCUUAAACUUUGACGAUUUUAAUCAACGGGACGAACGAGGUUGUCACAGUCACGGUAGUUUGGGCGCAGCUUUGGACUUCGACUUAUGAUAUACCGUGUGAAUAUUCUUUUGACACGUUAAACGCCGCGCCUGGCGGUAGACUUUCCGCUCAGGCAUCGCCGGUCCGUACGGCCCGAAAGAGCCCGCAUAGCGACUAACUGUGGCGUAAACGGAACUACACGUAAAAAUGGCGUGGC